AUGACUCAAAAUACUUCUUAUUUUUACACCUCAACAACUUUUAAUACUUUAAAGAGUUCUUCUUCUACUUAUGUUAACACAAGUUUUAGUUCUACUGAAAUCGAAUCUUUAAUUAUAGAAAGUUCUUUAACUGAUGGAGAGUUAAUUGUUAAUGAAUCAUUAAAAUUGAAUUUAAUUAGAGAAAAUAUUUCUGAUGAAUUUUUAUGUUAUUUUAUCACAGUAACUCAAAAAAGGAGUAAUAGACAUUAUUUUGGAUAUGAUUCAAGUGCAUUUUGUAUAAUUUUAACUAAUGAUGAACUUGAAAUAAAUGAAAGAUACUCUAUUUAUGGAAAAGUGAGGUUUAAAGGUGUUUAUUUUAUAGAAAGUUAUUAUAUAGAAAAAAUUGAUUAUAAAGAAAAAUUAUUUUUAUACUUUAAAUAA